AUGGCAAACAAUGCCCUCAUUCCAUUCCUGGUCACGAUGAUGCUCGUGACUGGGGUGUGCAAUACUAUUCUCAACAAGUAUCAGGAUAUGCAAUGCGUGCGAAACUGCGAUUCCCGGGAUCCCAGCCAGCGGAAGCUGUUUGAGCAACCGGUCAUUCAAACAGCCGUAAUGUUCAUGGGUGAGAUGGGCUGUUGGCUAGUUAUCGGUUUAGCCUUCCUCUACCGUCGAUACAUCGCACCCUACCUAUCCAGUGACCCCUCACCCCUCCUAACUGGCGGAUAUCACCCGAUAAAUGGCGACGACGAGGGCGUCGAUGAAGAUGAUCACACGGUUGAUGAACUCGACGGUGACAGCAGACACCCCAAGCCUCUGCCCGAAGAUAAUAGCCGCAUCCCACUUCGGGGAUGGAAGGUCCUACUGCUUGCAGCGCCGUCGAGCUGUGAUAUCGCUGGCACAACCCUCAUGAACGUGGGUCUUCUCUUUGUGGCAGCUAGUAUCUACCAGAUGACCCGAGGUGCCCUUGUACUUUUCGUGGGUCUUUUCAGUGUCCUCUUCCUCCGCCGCAAGCUUCAGUUAUACCAGUGGAGCGCACUUUUCAUUGUCGUCCUAGGCGUGGCUAUUGUGGGUCUUUCUGGAGCUCUAUUCAGUGGCGAGUCGGGCCACGAUAUCAAUCAAAGUCGGAGUGCUACCGAUGCGGCCUCGCAUGCUCUUGUGCAGGCGCGUGAUGUCGCUCGGACCCCCGAGGCUGUCCAGGCUAUCAUUGGUGUGCUGCUUAUUGCUGCAGCGCAGAUCUUUACAGCCACACAGUUUGUGCUGGAGGAGUGGAUUCUGGAGAAAUAUGCCAUGGAUCCAAUCCAGGUCGUGGGCUGGGAAGGCGUCUUUGGCUUCUCGGUUACUACCGUCGGCAUCGUGAUCAUGUAUCUUAUUGUUGGACGGACCGAUGCCGGCCGAUAUGGCUACUUUGAUAUCAAGGAGGGAUUGCACGAGGUUUUCGAUAACCGUGCUGUUGCCAUAUCCAGCUUGUUUAUCAUGAUCAGUAUCGGUGGCUUCAACUUCUUCGGUCUUUCUGUCACCCGCACUGUAUCCGCCACCUCUCGUAGCACAAUCGACACUUGCCGCACGCUCUUCAUCUGGCUUGUUUCGCUUGGACUCGGCUGGGAGACCUUCAAAUGGCUCCAAGUUGCCGGCUUCGCGCUUCUUGUCUACGGAACUUUCUUGUUUAAUGACAUCAUCCGCCCUCCGCUCAAGGCUUGUUUGCCCCGUGACAAUAGAGAGGGAGAGGUACUGCUCCCCGAAGGCCCCAUCGAACAUAUUUGA